AUGAAGAACGACUUGAGCGAGAAAUCCCUUCGCCUUCCAAAACGUAUCCCGGACGAGUACUGCAAGAAGCCUACCCUGUUUAGUAGUGAAUCCUCGGAAGAGCUGCUACGGCUUGUCUUAAGCAAGGAACGCAAGACCGAUGAGUACGAGCAGUUGUCCGGAGCGGCUUCGAAAGCAGAGGAAGAUCGCUUCGCCGGAAGGAUAUCAGCGUCGACUAGACCCAUGCUAAAAUCCUUAAGGCCGUGGGCAGGCCAUUCAUUCGGCACAUGUCGGGGGCACAAGUGGACUUGUGAGAAGGUCUGCGGCAGGGACAAAGCAGACUUGUUAUGUAAAGGAUGCCCGCCGAGGCGCUUCAAGGACGUCAGAUGUUGCAGUCGCGAGAAAGUGGCAGAGAAUUUAUCGAUGUGGGACAAGGGCGUGGAUGAUAGUACUUCUACGGUAGAGAUCCUUAUGAAGGCAGAUAGUCUCCCGUCUACCUCUGCUCGACGGAAUUUCUUCAAUGCUCCUGAAAUUUCCUCUACCGUUUAUCAAUUUGUUUUUCUGGGAACCAUCCGAGGAGGCAAAUUCAGCAUCAUAUCCCGAAAAGGAUGGAGCACAGUAUUUCAGGUAUUACUCGAGGUAGCCACCCGGGAUCCGUUACAGUUGCGUAAAAUGAAGGAAGUUGGCGUCAUCUCUGGAAAGGCACCAGAAAUCCAUCUUACCCUUCCAACAGUCAGCAGAAUCGAAAACCCUCCGCGAAAUACCUGCCGCCUUGUUCAAUAA